GAGCCGGCUUGGCGCCGGUGGUUGGUCCAGCCCCAGGGGCCGUCAUUGGCUCGGGCCUCAGGUCCCUGGUCACCCAUCUCAAGCUACGGUCCGGACAGGCGGCGACGGCUGCAUCAGGGGGCGGAGCCGCCCGAGCGCCCUUUGUCUGAGGAGGCUGACUGUGUAAGUCCCAGGUGACUGAGACAGCCGGAUUCCUUCUGCAGACGCUGGUGCAUCUCUUUAUAGGUGCUCAACCUGACAUCGUAUCUUAUGAAAUCUUUGCUGGAGACAGAUUUUAAUACCAUAGUGAAAGCUGUACAUGGAGGAUUGAUGCCUGUUGGGAAAAAAAUAAAUAGCUACCUUCAGGAGCCCCCAAAUCACAACUUUGUAUGAACAAGGCAAUAACCUAAGCAUGGCUGCCCCUGGAAACAGAAAUCAUUCUUGUGGAUCUCCAUUGGAUCCUGAGGCUCUCGUCAGACAUGAGGGCACCUUUACCACCUGGGAAUGACAAUUUCCUGAAAGGCACCAGACAAUCAGCAUUCAGUAACUGACCAGGAUCCUGAAGCUGUGAGUACAGGGGCAUCUCCUGAUGUUUGUGCUAGAAGAACAAAGCUUGGGUGACUGUACAACUUAAGAACUAUGAAGAAGUGUUGUAAUCCUGGUGGAUAACUGGAUCCAGAUAUUCAAAAAGGAAGUAUGCCUCCUCAGAAUGCUGUACUUUCCCAGGGGGAGAAUGUGAAGGAGAAAGAAAUGGAUGAUGGGACACAGAUAGUCAGGUCCCAGGAAUCGGUGACAUUCCAAGAUGUGGCUGUGGACUUCACCAGAGAGGAGUGGGACCAGCUGUACCCCGCUCAGAAGAGCCUGUACAGAGAUGUGAUGCUGGAGAACUACAGGAAUCUGGUUGCACUGGGGCAUCAACUUUAUAAGCCAGAGGUGAUCACUCAGUUGGAGCAAGAGGAACAGUGGAUAAUGGAAAGCAAGAGCCUACCAGAUACCCAUCCAGAUGGGGAGAAUAGACCUGAAAUCAAAAAGUCAGCUCAAAACCAGAAUAUUUCUGAUGAAAAGCAAAUACAUGACAUGAUAAUGGAGAGAUUGACAGGAGACAGUUUCUGGUUCUCCAUCUUUGGAGGACUCUGGGAUUUUGAUUACCAGCUAGAGUUGAACCAAGAAAACCAGCAGAGACAUUUGGGACAAGUAUCUUCUACCCACAAAAAGAUCACUCAGGAGAGAAUCCUUGAAUGUAAUAAAUUUGAGGAAAACCAUAACCUAAAUUCAAACCUUACUAUGCAUCAGAGAAUUCCUUCAAUGAAAAUACCUCUUACCUCAGAAAUACAAGGAAAUGGCAUCAAACAUAAUUCAGACUUGAUUUACUAUCAGGGAAACUGUGUUAGAGAGAAUCCCUGUGAAUAUAAUGAAUGUGGAAAAAUCUUCAAUCAACAUCUUCUCACUAAUCAUAUUCUUACUGCAGAGAAGACCAGUGAAUGUGGGAAAACCUUCAGCCACAGCUCGUCUCUAACUCAACCUCAGAUAAUCCUUACAGGAGAGAAGCCCUAUAAGUGUGAUGAAUGUGGGAAGAGAUUCAGCCAGAGGAUACAUCUUAUUCAACAUCAGAGAAUUCACACAGGUGAAAAACCCUUUAUAUGCAAUGAAUGUGGGAAAGCCUUCCGGCAGCAUUCGUCCUUUACUCAGCACCUGAGAAUUCACACUGGAGAGAAGCCCUAUAAAUGCAAUCAGUGUGGUAAAGCCUUCAGUCGCAUCACAUCCCUUACUGAGCAUCAUAGACUUCACACUGGAGAGAAACCUUAUGAAUGUAAUUUUUGUGCGAAAGCCUUCAGCCAGCGGACACACCUUAAUCAACAUGAGCGAACUCAUACAGGAGAGAAGCCCUAUAAAUGUAAUGAGUGUGAGAAAGCCUUCAGCCAGAGUGCACACCUUAAUCAACAUAGGAAGAUCCAUACUCGGGAGAAAUUAUGUGACUACAAUAAAUGUGAGAAAGCCUUAAGCCACAAUCCUUCACUUAUUCAGCAGCACAUAACUCAUGGGAGGGAAGUCAUAUGAAUAUAUUAAAUGUAGGAAAUUUUUCAGUCAGACCUUUUCAUCCAAUUCUUAUUAAAUUAUUCAU